AUGCUGCUGGACAUGCUCGCCCUCCUGGGAGCCUACUUCUCUUCCCUGUGCUGGACUGGUGCACGGGACUGGGAUGAUAAUUUGGCUGAUACAGUUGUUAUUGAUAAAAUUAAUAUAUUCCGUGCUGACAGAGUAUUUAAGGGUUCCAAAUACCAGCAGUUCUGGAGAAUGCAGUUAUUGAGUUGUGAAAGUGUGGCCCCAAAAACCGUGCUGUUCCUGGGCAGUAGCCACAAAGCACAGAAACGUAUGUUAAUAGAAGCUGACAAUGGUCUUGGCGAAGUAAUGAAACCACCUGAGAAAUCUUUCUGGGCUAAAUAUUGGAUGUACAUCAUUCCGCUUGGUCUUAUUGUCAUGAAUGCUGUUACGACAGUGGCCAAGAGGAAGCUACAGGGCAGGGCCAACCUGGAGCAGAACGGGCACCUGCUGCUGCUGCCGGGAGGAGAAGAUGAUGGCUGCCUCUAUGUUUUCCCAUACCGUAGAUUCAUGGGUAAUGGUAGGAGAUUGAACCUGUCUACCUGGACAGAAGAACUGGAGCUGUACUUACACGAACUCAUAUAA